CGUUCCCCAUCACAAUGACCAAAAGAGUUUCCUCCUCUUCCAAAGACGAGGACCUUCAUCGUGGUGCCUGGACUGCAAUGGAGGACCAACUCUUGUCUGAAUAUGUCAAGAUUAAUGGCGAGACUGGUUGGAACUCCAUACCCAGAAAAAUAGGUAAAGGAAUUCAUCAAUACUCUGCCUUUGCGCCUAAUUCUUCAAAUUCCUACACUCUAAAGAGGAUUUGCUUUACAGGUUUGAAACGCUGUGGGAAGAGCUGUAGAUUGCGGUGGUUGAACUAUCUUCGUCCUGGUAUAAAGCGUGGAAACAUUUCAUCUGAGGAAGAGGAGCUCAUAAUUAGACUCCAUGGCCUCCUUGGCAAUAGGUGGGCUCUGAUUGCAGGUCGACUGCCAGGUCGAACAGACAACGAAAUAAAAAACUACUGGAACACUCAUCUCUGCAAGAAGAGGCCGUCAAGUGAGAGGUCUCUUGAGGAAUCCAACAAGAGGAGAAAAUCUUGUCCUCCUGCAACUGACGGGUUAUUGAAAGUCACACCGGUAAAAGCAACGGCGGUGAGAAUAAGAAAGGGCUGCAAUAAAUCUGUGCACAGUGACAGUGGUGAUUCAAAUCAUGCAAGCACUGAUCGUCCACAAACAGUAAAGGCCUCAAUGAGUUAUUCUGGGUUAUUGGUACAGGAGUCGAUAACAAACCGCGAUUCAAGUUACUCUGACAUAAUCGACAUUACAGUGGCAGCUGAACUGGAAUCGCCGUCUGUUGAAAUGAAUGGUCAAUAUUCACCCGAAGAUUUUCGAAUAGAAGAGUUAGAGGAAAGUCCCUGUGUUUCUUUCGAAAUCUCUUUUCUUUCUAGAUACAUUGAACAAAUUGAGAAUUGUACAGAUGGUGGGUAUAAUGGAAUGGAAGGACAGUACAGCGGUACGCAUUAUGGAGAUUGGAUGGAUCAAUUGCCAUAUUUCCAUACGUCAAGCCUGAUGCCGUCAGAAUUCCAGGAAGAAGAUUUUACGCAAUUUUCAUAAAAAAUCAAAAAGCUAAACUGCUUGAUUUAUCGUCAGGUGUUUAAUGUUCAGAACUUUGUAUUAAACUUAGCCCAUUCUCCUUUGAAUAAGAUAGAUAAGAGCAUGUCUCCCACCAUAAAGAUUCUGCUAUUUGUGCCGACCGGGAUGCUAUAAUCUUAGGCUUACCAUCAGCCAUUCCUAAAUUGGAAGGAUUAGAUUUUCUUA